CCUACCACUCGGAACAAGAAGUCUCUUCAGGGUAGGUGGACAUUCGUCAACGGCAUGGUGCAGCGAUUCUGCGGGCAUUAUGCUAAAGCCCUUCGUACUAGGCGGAGUGGGAUGACGGAGGCCGACACGAUUGCAGCUGCAUGUCAGAUGUUCCAGGCAGCAGAGAAAAGGGAGUUCACACUGAUGCCAUGCUGGGCCGAGUUACGCCACCAUCCGAAAUGGCAAUCAGAGUCUUCUCGCAAGAAGCAGAGGACUGCGCCAUCUACACAGGAGGGAGAGACCUCCCCCGGCUGCAUUGAUGGUGACGGUGCGACGCCGACGCAUACCAGCGGGAGCAGCCGGCAGAAGCGGCCAGCAGGCCGAAACAAGGCAAGGGACCUCGCUCGCGGUUCGGCUUCAUCAACAUCGGUCACAAAACCAGUGCUUGAGAUGUUCGACAGGCAACUUGCGGUAAAAGAGAAAGUUGAGAAGGAACGCGCCGAUCGCUUUGCAGAGCUGUUGAGGAUUGAGGAGCACAGGUUGCGCCUGGAGGAGGAGCGUGUCCAACUGGAAAAGGUGAAGGAGGAGAGACAAAAAAUCAGGGAGGAGAGGGAGAUCAUGAGCAUGGACAUUUCGCAAAUGGACGAGGACCAGCAGGCAUAUUACAAGAGCCUUCGCCGAAGCAUCAUUGCAGCACGCCGAGCUGAAUCUGCCCCCUGAG